AUGAGAAACCUCGUGGUGCUUAACAAGGGACAAAUUGUCCCUGAGUCCCGCACGUAUCCAGACUUGGGUGUUACAGAGGCUGUUUUCGACUCAGUCACAGAUAGUAUCACCUAUGUGCUUGCCAAUCUUCAACUGGAAGAUGGAAUGGUUGAAGUUCAACAAUUUAUGAAGACUGGGGAAACCCAUGUACUUGCCCUGUUCCCAAUCAGAGACCCGCAAGACGAGCUCUUGUCCUUCACUCAUUUUGUGGAUACUUGUCAGUUGAUCUUUGUCUUUGCCCGUAGUGGUGACAUUAUCACAGCUACUUACGACCCACUGUCUCCAGAUCCAGACACCACUGUUGUGGAAAUCGUUGGAACUAUCGACGUUGGACUUUCCGCUGCCCGUUGGUCUGUAGAUGAAGAAACCCUUUGUAUGGUGACGUCAGAAAGAAAUGUGAUUUUAUUGUCUCGUCAAUUGGAACCAGUUUCAGAAAGACAAUUAAACCCUAAUGAUAUUAAGAUCACUGACUCCAAACACGUAUCAGUAGGCUGGGGUAAGAAGGAAACACAAUUUACUGGUAAAGGUGCCAGGGCCAAGGAAAGAGCCAAGGCAGAAGCCGCAGCCGCUUCCACCGAUGUAGAGAACAUCACCAAGGACCCUACUGUGAAUGAAGUUGAGAGAGGUACUCUUUCCAAAUGGGACUCUGGGAAUGUUCAGAUCACUUGGAGAGGAGAUUGUGAAUACUUUGCUAUAUCCACUGCAGAACCAGUUCUAGUAGAAGACACUCAGGAAAUGUUUGACAGAAGAGUAGUGAGAGUUUUCAACAGAGAAGGAGAAUUGGACAGUGUCAGUGAAGCAGUGGAUGGGUUAGAACAUUCCUUGGCAUGGAAGCCACAAGGUCUGUUAAUUGCCUCAACUCAAAGACAUAUUGUGUACGAUGAAGAUAUGGAUGACGAAUUGGAAGUGUUGGACUUGGUGUUUUAUGAACGUAAUGGGUUAAGACACGGAGAGUUCAACACCAGAUUGGACCCAGAAACUGAAAACAUAGAGGCCUUACACUGGUCUUCUAAUUCUGAAGUGUUGGCCUUCCAAUUGAAGGAUAGAGUCCAAUUGUGGACUACCAAGAAUUACCAUUGGUAUUUGAAACAGGAAAUCAAGGUUGAUGAAGGUGUUUCUUUUGUAAAGUUCCACUCUGAAAAACCUCUUCAUUUGAUGAUUGGAACCAAUGGAGGACAAAUCCAAGUAGUUGACCUUGCCUAUCAGAUUACCACUGGCCCUACCCAUAUCGGUGAAGACCAAGGUAUGGUUUUGGUUGUGGAUGGCUCAACGGCCAAAGUCACACCAUUACUGAUUGCCAAUGUUCCACCUCCAAUCAGUUUCAGGGAAUUUGAUGUUGAUGGUAAUAUCAAUGACUUAUGUGUUGGAAGAGGGAAUGAGAGCUUUGCUGUGGUUACCAGCAACGGUGACGUUCAACUUGCAACCAUCGAUUGGACACUGAAGGCCAAAAUUCCAAAAUUGAGGGCCAAAAUUGACCGUGACUUGUUGUGUGAAGUGGGCGAAUUUGCCAAACAAAUUGCUCUUGCUGACAAGCUACUCGCAGUGGUGGUAGACUCAGCAGCUGGAAGUCGUAUUGUUUUAUUUGAUACUCUGGAUAUGUCUAACCCAGUGCCAAUUACUGUCCACGACGUUGGUUCUAAAGUGGUUCUUUUGAAGAGUCAAUCAGACUUCCUCAAGUUAUCUUUCGAAACCAUUGAUGGUAGAGUUUUCCAAUUGGAUGCCGAAUCUGGACCGCAAGAAUGUGCCCGAUUCCCACAAUUGUGUAGAGACUACGAGUUGGCAGUAGUCCAUGGACGAGAUGAUGUCGAUGAAGAAACUGAAAAUAAAAAGAUUAUUGCGUUUGGUGUUUCUGUCAACGGAAAACUCUUUGCCAAUGACCAACAAGUGGCCAGUGCUGUAACUUCAUUAAACGUUACAGAAUCGCAUCUUUUGUACACCACAGCACAGCUGCAGCUUUGCUUCAUUCACUUGAACGGUUCAAUCGAUGAGAUGACCCAGUCCAUGAUUGUUGGCGAAGGUGCUGACGAAAGAGUCAGACAAAUGGAACGUGGGUCUAUUCUUAUAUCAGCCAUGCCAUCUAAAUACUCAGUGGUUUUGGAAGCUCCAAGAGGUAACUUGGAAACUAUCUGUCCACGUAUCAUGGUCCUUUCAGGAGUAAGAAAAUUCAUUCUGGAAGUGAAGUAUAAGGAAGCCUUUAUGGCUUGUAGAACUCAUAGAAUCGACUUAGAUAUUUUACAUGAUUAUAAUCCAAAGUUGUUCUUUGAAAACUUGGAGAAGUUUGUCAAACAAAUUAAAAAGGUGAGUCAUCUUGAUUUGUUUGUAUCUUGCUUACAUGAGGAAGAUGUCGCAGAGGUGAAAUAUAAGGACACUACGGCUGCCCCAGCCAAUGCUUCUAAGUCUUUGACAGGUGCUUUUGAACAAUUACUGGUACAACCUACUGAAACUACUAAGCCAACUACGCCUACUGAAUCCAAGAUUAACCGUAUUUGUUCUGGAAUUCUUUCAGUCCUUCUCAAGCCAGAAUAUUUCGACCAAUACCUUCAAACUAUCAUUACUGCUUACGCAUGUCAGAAGCCUGCAAACUUGACUGGGGCUUUGGAACUCAUCAGUUCCUUCACAGAUGAAGAUCAAAUUGAUCAAACUGUUACUCAUCUCUGUUUCUUGCAAGAUGUCAACAAGUUGUACAACACCUCAUUAUCGAUGUAUGAUGUCAAACUUACUUUGAUUAUCGCCCAAAAAUCCCAAAAGGAUCCUAAGGAAUACCUCCCAUUCCUCCAAAAUCUUCACAUUCAAACCCCUCUCCGUAAGAAGUUCUUGAUUGAUGAUUUCUUAAAGAACUAUGAGCUUGCUCUUGGUUGGCUUUGUGAAAUGGGUGAACUGGCCCAUGAGGAAUUUGAUGAGUACGUUGUUACCCACGACUUGUAUAAAACUGCCUUGGCAACUUAUAGAUACGAUACUGAACGUUCUAAUACGAUUUUGGAAUUGUAUGCUGAGAACUUGCAUUCUCAACAAAAUUUCAGUGAAUCAGCUUUGACUUACGAAUAUUUAUCUCAAUGGGAUUUAGCCUUGGAGAACUACAUAUUAGCCAAGAAAUGGCGUGAAGCUCUUACAAUUGUGGAGCAACUGCCUGAACAUAAGAUUAGGUUGAAUGAAGUUGCUGAAAAAUUGAUUAACUCAUUGACUGAUGACCACAAGUAUAGAGACGCUGCUGAAAUAGAAUUCUACUUCUUGGGCAACAUCAAUGAAGCAGUCAAAUUGUACUGUAAGAACUACUGUUACGAGGAGGCUAUCUUAUUGGCCACUAAGGAACAACAACCAUCGUUGAUUGAAAGUGUUGUUGAUGUCCAACUUGGUGAAGGUUUCGGUACCAUUGCUGAGUUGCUCGCUGAUUGUAAGAGUCAACUUGAGUCUCAAUUGAGAAGACUUCGUGAAUUAAGAGAGAAGAAACAAGCUGAUCCAUACGCCUUUUACGGUGUUCCUGGUAAUGAUGAUUUAGAUACUCCAGAUAAUGUAUCCAUUGCUGCAUCUGAAACAUCAACCACUCCAUCCUUCUUUACCAGAUACACUGGUAAGACUUCAGGAACUGCCAAGACAGGAGCUUCUAGAAGAUCAUCCAAGAACAGAAAGCGUGAAGAAAGAAAGAAGGCCAAGGGAAGAAAGGGAACUAUCUACGAAGAAGAAUACCUUAUUCGUUCUGUAGGACGUUUGGUUGAAAGAUUAGAUCAAACCCAAGCGGAUGCAGUCAAAUUGAUUGAAGGAUUGAUGAGAAGAAGAUUGAAGGAACAAGCUUACCAGAUUCAAAAGAACUGGACCGAGUUGACAUCGUUCUUGAAUGAAAACAUCACCGAAAUCCACAACAUGAGUGAAAGAGAUCGUGAAAGAAUAGACGAUAAUGGUGAAGUAUAUAUGAUCCCAGAAAUCCCUGCUCCAAAGAUUAAUGAAUUCCCAAAGAAGAACAUCUUGGACUUUUAG